CCAGCCUGUCGCAAUCCUUAGGAGCAUGGCAUCAGCGGGCACGCGACGUGCCAUUCGCGUGUCUAGGAGCUGUUCCUGGUCUACGGGCCUCCACUCGCCAGACGGACCUUGGCGGGCUUUAUUGGAACGCUCGAAAUAGCAUCGCUGCGCAUGCGGCUGAGCUCACUAAUGACUUUGCGUGACCGCCCACCUCAACGAGGAGUUGCUCGCUGAUCUUCCUCGAAUCUUCUUCGAAUCUUCUUCUUUGGUGGUGUUUGCGUUGGACUUUGAGUUUGUGGUACAAGAUGUUGGCUUUGGAGCAACCGCAAAGCUUGGUGAAGCGAAGUACUUCGAUAUGGAGACGGCUUUCGAGACGGGAGAGGGAACGGGAGCACAGGCCGCCAGUGCCUGAGAAAGUCGAGGUCGUCCACAAGCUCCAGAGGCGUCGGACCGAGCCCGCGAAGCAGAAGCCGAAUAGGCCUGUUAUUGCGCACCUCCAGCGGGUCGAAGUCCCAAGAAAGCAUCCGGAAACGAAAGUAAACGCAAAGCGAGUCGUCGCAGCCGACAUGCGCACAACGCCAUUCCCCCCGUCGUCGCAAAUUCGCACGGUCUCAUGGAAUGUCUUCCUGACCCCCGAACAAGUGUACCGGUUGGUCAUGGGUUUCUGCCCUCAGGAAAUGGAGGACAAGUGGUUCAUUUACUCCGAGGGACCCGAUCAAUCCGGCAAACUGAAGGUGCACUUCCACCGCAGCUGGACAGGGCUGAAGAUUGCGGAGCUGUUCGUCGUGAUCGACUUGAAAGGAGAAGGAGCUGGCAAGAUUGUGGGGAUCAAAUGGAAUGGCACCGAGCAGACGAACGGGAUGGACGAGGAAGAGGCGAAGUACAUGGUCUCGACCACCUGCUCCUGGGUGCUUGGUGUCAGUCUCGAGACCAUGUGGAUAUGAUAUGAUUGUGGGGAGUAAGAUAACAAGUGAAACGACUUAUGAGGGGCUCGCACUGUUGAUAAGACUGGAUGUGGAUCAGGGCUGGUGUUCUGGAGUUGUCGAGUUGGGGUUAAGAGACGCGACGUUGGUAGUUCCUUCCUCCUUUUUUUGUUCCACGUACCAAUUCCGUAAUAUCCGGCUUUCGAAUCUACAGUAUGAUUUUUCUUCGAUCAAUGUUGGGCUCUGUGCAUGGAAAUGGCGUAAUACGAAGCGAGUGGUGUGUCCCUGUAAUUUGUAGCGGUGGUGUUGGGGGCAUUUAUAAUAUAUCCGCCUUCCUUGUCGAUAG